AUGCCUGCCAAGUCCACCUCUCCUCCUGACAAGUGUCUAGAUCAAGAAGUUCCGGCAAGAGCAAAGCGUUCAUUCAAUUCUAUCGCUCAAUUCACCAUGCCGCGACCUUCGAAGGACGAAUCCAAGCCCAAGGGGCGCAUGUCCGCAUACGCGUACUUCUUGCAAUCCUCGCGGGAAGAACAGAAAAAAGCUAACCCUGACGAAACGCUCUCUUUCACGGAGUUCACGAAGAAGUGUUCCGAGAAAUGGAAGAAAAUCUCUGACAAAGAGAAAACCAAGUAUCACAAGAUGGCCGAGAAAGACAAGGCUCGUUACGAUGAUGAAAUGAAAGAUUACAUCCCACCGGCCGGCGGGAAAGUACGCGGGAAGCGUAGCAAGAAGGAUCCAGCUGCGCCCAAGAGAGCCCUGUCCGCCUUUUUCUGGUUCUGCGAUGGAGAACGCGCAAAAAUCCGCAAAGAAAACCCCGGCUCCACCGUGGGAGAUGUCGCCAAAGAACUUGGAAGAAGAUGGGCCCUCUUGAAUGACAGCGAUAAGGUUCCUUUCCAGAAGAUGGCAGAGAAGGACAAAGUUCGAUAUGAGAAGGAAAUGGCGGAAUUCAAGAACGGCGCCGCCAAGUCUUCCCGUGCGCCCAAACCCAAAGGCAGGAAUGAACCCGUAGAUGACGAUGAUGAAGAAGAUGAAGAGGAGGACGAGGAGGAGGAUGAAGAUGAAGAUGAUGAAUACUUGGAGUCGAUUUUGCCGGGAUGUGAGGCCAAAUCACAAUACCUACAGUUGAUCCACAGAGUUCAAGAGCUGCACUAUCUCAAUGAGAACCACGUUCGUGUGUAUCUGGAUACGAAUCCGAAAGAAGUGGAGCCGUUGUUGAUAGAAAUUUUCGACUUGAUGCGACAUCAGUCGUAA